CCACAUUGAUUCCGCUUCCCCAACUCAACGCCCCCUCGAUAUGGACGACGACGAUUCCACCCCCAAACCCCAACGCGCCACCAUCAAUGUCAACAACAUCCCCCGCUCCGCCACCGACGAGCUGGUCGCCUUCUUCUCCUCCGCCAUCGGCCCCGUCUUCGCCUGCAAGAUCUCCUCCGUCCACACCAACUGGAAAUCCCUAGGCUUCGGCCGCGUCCAGUUCGACUCCAUCUCCUCCGCCCAAAAAGCCAUAGCUUUCUCCAACACCAACCCCCUCCUGUUCCAGCGAUCCCCUCUCUCGAUCGCCGAAUCCCACGCCGACAUCGUCCCGAGAGGCACCGGCGACCGUCGGUUCGAUGAUGUGGUGAUUAGGUUUGGGAAUGUGAGGGAUGAGAGAUCGAUGGAGGUUUUGGGGGAGUGGAGAGGGGUUAGGGUUGAGGUUGUGGAUUUUAGGGGAGGGAUGAUGAUGGCGAUUUCCUUGGAGGAUGGAGGGGAGGUUUAUAAGCUUGAGGUUCCGUUUGGGGAUGUUGUCAAUAGCUUUGCGUGUCGGAUUGGGAACGGGAUGGAGCACAAUGCUGUUCUUUUGCAGCUCCAGUAUGCACCAAAAAUAUAUCACAGGAUUUGUGGGCCUUCUUUGAAUACAAAAUUCAAUAGUGCCCGCUACCAUUUUUGUAAAGAAGAUGUUGAGUUUCUUUGGGUUCGUGCACCUGAUUUCUCAGCAACAAGUGUCAUCGGGAGGUCUUAUUAUCUUUGUUUGGAGCUUGCAAAUGGGUUAUCAUCUUCAAAAAUUAUCAAGAGUCUACCAUUUUUUGGAGAAUUGGGUAACCUAAUGCUCAUGCCAGGGGAAGUGUUCUGUUCGUCAUCAAAACUAGUUCCUAUUUUAAACUGUCCAGGUGAUUGUACAGUGUCGUAUGAGGUCCUUUUUCAACUCAAUUCACUGGUUCACUUGCAAAAGAUCUCCUCUGCACAUGUUAACUCGAAUCUGUUUAGUGUUCUCAGUCAACUAUCUUCAGAUACCGCGAUAAAGAUCCUUAUGAUGAUGCAUAAGUUGAAUUCAACAUGCCACAAGCCCAUAUAUUUCAUUCAAAAUCAUCUCUCUCGCUUUGGAAAGCAGCAGAGUUUGUCAUCUGACGGAAAUAGACAAGAAAAGUUAAUGAGCUGUCGUAGAGUUCUUAUAACUCCUUCAAAAGUUUACUUUUUGGGCCCCGAGUUAGAAACAAGCAAUUAUGUAGUAAAGCAUUUUUCUGCAUAUGCUUCUGACUUCCUUAGAGUUACUUUUGUUGAUGAAGAUCGCUGCAAGCUUCCUUCUCAAGCAAUAUCGACGAGGAUUGGCAAAGAUAUAUUUUCAAAACCCUAUAGAACUGGAAUUUACAAUCGCAUACUAUCUGUUCUGAGGGAUGGAAUAUCCAUUGGCUCAAAGAAGUUUGAAUUUUUGGCAUUUUCUGCGAGCCAACUUCGUGAUAGUUCUAUUUGGAUGUUUGCUUCUAAUGACUUUGUGACUGCCAGCUCCAUUAGAGAAUGGAUGGGUCAGUUCAACGAAAUCUAUAGUGUUUCUAAGUGUGCAGCGAGAAUGGGUCAACUAUUCAGCUCAUCUACUCCGACAUUCAAUGUCCCAUCCCGUGAAGUCAAAGUUAUUCCAGACAUUGAAACUAACACUGAUGGCGUCAAGUAUUGCUUUUCAGAUGGUAUAGGAAAAAUAUCUGUACCAUUUGCCAAGCAAGUUGCAAAAAAGUUGGGACUUAGUAAUACUCCAUCAGCAUUUCAAAUUAGAUAUGGCGGGUAUAAAGGGGUUAUAACCAUUGAUCGCACUUCUUUCUGCAAGCUUUCUCUGAGGCCAAGUAUGUUAAAGUUUAAAUCAAACAACACUAUGCUCAACGUGACAAAGUGCAGUGAGUCCCAGCCAUGUUAUUUGAAUCGUGAAAUCGUGAUUCUCCUAUCUACAUUAGGAGUAGAUGAUGAAAUAUUUGAAUUGCUGCAACAUGACCAGAUGCGUCUUCUAGAUAACAUGCUAACAAGUAAAGAGGCUGCUUUGAGAGUUCUAGGUAGAAUGAAAGGCUCUGCAAUCAAAACAGCUCUAAAGAUGUUAAUGCAUGGUUAUGCACCAGAUUCAGAGCCUUAUCUUCUGGCGCUGCUUAAAGCUUAUAGGGAAUAUCAGUUAUCUGAUAUAAGAAGUAGAUGUCGGAUAUUUGUUCCAAGAGCCCGUGUUCUAAUCGGGUGUUUAGAUGAAUUAGGCACACUAGAGUAUGGCCAAGUGUUCUUGAAAGUGUCAAUGACGGACGAAGAGCUUCAAAAUCCUGAUCAAGCUUUUUUUACAAAAGUGGACAGGUCAACAGCAGUAGUAGUUGGGAAGGUUGUGAUUACAAAAAAUCCCUGUCUCCACCCUGGGGACAUUAGAGUAGUAGAGGCUGUUUAUGACCCCAAGUUGGACAAUAUGGGUUGGGUUGAUUGCCUUGUCUUCCCUCAGAAAGGACAGAGGCCUCAUCCAAAUGAAUGCUCGGGGGGAGAUUUAGAUGGAGAUUUGUUUUCCAUAUCCUGGGAUGAAAGACUUAUCCCAUCAAAGACUGUAGCACCGAUGGAUUACAUUUCUAGAAGGCCACGCCUAAUGGAUCACAAAGUUUCACUAGAGGAAGUUCACAAGUUCUUCAUCGACUACAUGCUAAAUGACAAUCUGGGCGCCAUCUCAACAGCCCACUUGGUCCAUGCCGACAACGAACCAGACAAAGCCCUGAGCACUAAAUGCCUUAAGCUUGCUAAUCUUCACUCAAUGGCAGUAGACUACGCCAAAACAGGAGCCUCGGCUGAAAUGCCAAGUGGACUAAGACCCAAAAGGUUUCCAGACUUUAUGGAAAGAGCAGAGAAGCCCAGUUACAAGUCAAGUGGAGUCCUGGGCAAACUCUACAGAGCAGCCAUCAAUCCCCAUAACAUCAGCCAAAACAUUAUUUGUGAAGAAAUUCCUUAUGACUAUGAUCUUGAAGUAGAUGGCUUCGAAGAAUUUCUAAUAGCUGCAGAAGAAUUUUAUAGUCGGUAUGCAGAAAGGCUGAGUGCAUUAAUGAAAUAUUACGACAUAAAGUAUGAGGAUGAGAUAUUGACAGGGUACAUGAGGAGCCGUCAGGCUUAUUUGAAUGAUAAGAGAAAGUAUGAAGAUAUGAAGGACCGGAUUUUAAUCGCAGUAAAUGGGCUUCAUAAAGAGGUUGAAGAAUGGUUCAGGAGUAGUUGUAAUGAGAAUGAGUUUAAAAGGAUGGCAGCAGCUUGGUAUCAUGUAACUUAUCAACCAAAGUACUCCGGCUCUGGAAUUAAGUUUCUGAGCUUCCCAUGGGCAGUAUGUGAUGUUCUGCUGAGCAUUAAAGCUUCAAAAACUAGUACGAGUCAAGAAGUCAAUGAUGGGGGCUCGAUGAUGUAAAUAUGUAAGUGACUUUCCUGUUAUGUUUUCCUUCUUUAAUCAGGUUUAGUGGUGCUAUAUAAUGCCAAGUAUAUAUUUAGUAAGUUGACUCAGCCUGGUAGUAAACCUUUAUUAGAGUAGAAUUUAGGAAUAUACAUAAUAAAGAAACUGGUAUCUGUAUA